AAGUGUUUAAUAAACACAGCUUAACAGCUGAUGUUUAUUUACAAAUACUAAAAUAAAAGAUUGUUUACAAAAAGUGAAAAAUUACAAAAAAAACUUGGAAAUUUGUUUUUUUAAAAUGGUCGAAAAAGCUGCCCAAGAUUAUAGUAAAAUACUACAAAGUGUUAGUUUAGAUAAAGAGAUUAAUCCCAUAUGUAUGAGUAUAGAAGAUAUGUUGACAAGACUUGAUGAGUUGGAGUCUUUGUUGGUCAAUGUUAAGGGAGAAAACAAUGUUAUAAUGGAUCAAUAUACCAACAGUAUUUUAGCUUUUACACCACAAUUUGAAGUUCUUAAACAGCGCAUCGAUCAAUUGGAACAUUUUAUCGAAGUGGUUAAUAACAAUGUGGAUGAGGUAGAGAAAUCAAUAGAUAUAGCGGAAGCAGAACUUAAUGUUACCGACUACAGUUUAAAGGGUCUUCUCUUUAAGCCUCUGUUGGCCAAAGCUAAAUCUGUGUCCGAAUCAAAUGCUCAGUCACCCGUAGAGGAGCCUGUAGUAGCUACAAAUCUUAAAGAUGGUCAAUUUCAAGCAGUACCAAUUUUUAAUACUUCAGAUUAUUUUAAUACUGAUGCCACCUCAUAACUGUAGGUUUGUCAUCUGUUUUAACAUUAAACAAAGUGCCUAAAAUAUGCUUUUAAAUAAUUUGAAAUUCAAGUAAUAAAAUAGUUGUUAAGAUAGACAUAAAUAAAUUUAUUAAAUUUUACAUUGAAAUACAAACAUUA